CGCGCCUGCCUCUCACCUCCAUAUCGUCCCUGCAACACGAGGAACAUCCGCAAUCAUGUCAGUAGGUUUGCUCACCGAGGGCGCUAUUAUGAGGCUCGCUACUUGUGACGACGAUGACGACCUCUUCAACUCCGGUGUCGUUCUGCAAGCCCUGUCGGUCAAAAGCAUCAACGAGGGCAAGGAAGGCAAGCAGGGGGAAAAGCCUGCACCCAAGUCGGGUCAGCCUGAGCGCCUUCGCAUUAUCCUGUCGGACGGCGAAUGGUUCAUGCAAGCCAUGCUUGCCACGCAGCUGAACGAUGUCGGAAUCGAGAAGAACUCGAUCGUGCGUAUAUCACGCGCGUCGCGUAAUAUAGUGCAGAACAGGAGGCUUGUCAUUGUUCUUGGCCUGGAAAUAGUCCAGCAUUGCGACGAGAAGCUGAGGAGGGAUCCCAAUGAUGAGAAACAACCGUAUACCCUACCGUCCGAGUAUCUCAAAGUCAAGCCGGACGGAGAGAACGGCCAGUCACCAGCCCCUCAAUCGAAGCCCGCCGCGGCGCCUAGCACAUCUACCGUCCCCCGCACUGCGACACCUCAGCUGCCCGCUCAGCCCCACCGCGACAGCAAGAACACGGCGCCUAACGGUCGAUCCAUCUACCCCAUCGAGGGUCUUAGCCCCUACCAGAACAACUGGACGAUCAAGGCGCGUGUUACGCAGAAGUCCGACAUCCGCAGGUGGUCGAACCAGCGCGGAGAGGGCCGCUUGUUCAAUGUCACCUUGAUGGACGACACGGGCGAGAUCCGCGCCACCGGUUUCAAUCAGGCUGUGGACGAGUUAUACGAUAAGUUCGAGGAGGGGAAGGUGUACUAUGUAUCGAAGGCACGCGUCAACCUCGCCAAGAAGAAGUUCUCGAACGUCAACAACGACUAUGAGCUUAGUCUGGAGCGUAGCACGGAGGUCGAGCCUUGCUUGGAGGCUGCCGAUGUGCCGACUAUCAAGUACAACUUCGUCAAGCUUGACGCUCUGCAAGAGGUCCCCAAGGAUUCCAACUGUGAUGUUAUUGGCGUCGUGAAGGAGGUCGGCGAGCUGUCCGAGAUCACGACGAAGACGACCAACCGUACGAUGAAGAAGCGCGAACUAACGCUGGUCGACGACACCGGCUACUCCGUCCGCGUCACCCUCUGGGGCAACACCGCCGAAAAGUACGAGGAGGAAGGACACCCCGUCAUCGCUUUCAAGGGCGUCAAAGUCGGCGAUUUCGGCGGCCGCUCCCUCUCCAUGCUCAUGUCGUCCAUGAUGUUCGUCAACCCGGACACCACCGAGGCCUUCCACCUCCGCGGCUGGUUCGACGACGAUGGCAAGACGCUGCAGUUUUCGUCGCACACGAGCGGCGGUGGCGCGGGUACCGGGCGCGGCUUUGACCGCGACGACCAGCGCACGUUGAUGGAGAUCAAGAAUGCGAAUCUGGGGAUGGGCGACCAGCCGGACUACUUCUCGUCGAGGGCGACCAUCAUGCACAUCAAGGACAAUAACUUUGCGUAUCCGGCAUGCAGGAGCCCAGACUGCAACAAGAAGGUCGUAGAGAAUGGGCCCGGUGAAUGGCGCUGCGAGAAGUGCAACGUGUCGCAUUCGUCGCCAGACUAUCGCUUUAUGCUGCAGCUCGCCGUCGCGGAUCUGCACGGCCAAGCAUGGUUCCAGGGCUUCAACGAUGCCGGUCAGGUCAUCUUCAAUAGGUCGGCGAACGAGAUCAUGCAGAUGAAGGAGUCGGGCGAUGACGACGGCUUCCUCCGCGCCUUCGCACAAGCGAACUAUCAAGCCUUCAACUUCAACUGCCGCGCAAAGGCCGACACAUGGAACGACGAGACUCGCGUUCGGUACGGCAUCACGAAGGUUGAGCCUGUGGACUUUGUGAAGGAGGCGCAAUACAUGCGCGACAAGCUGCAGUCGGAGUGGGGUGCGGAGAUCUAAGAUUUUCAUUGCCUGUUGUUUCUUUGUCUGAUCGUCUGUCGCUGUAAACUUCGCUGUAUACUAAACCUGCAUGAACCUUCGAGACUCGAAUCCGUCUCGCCGUCCCAUCAACUCGCUCAUGCGACUUCAAACGCUC